AUGUCUCUGCCUUCACAUCACUCCAAAACACCGGACUUUCAUAGCGACUUUUCAUCACAACACAAAUCCUCGGAAGAUGAAAGAGUGGACGCUGCUUGUCUCCAGAUUGAAGAAGAAAACAUCGAGCUCCGAGCGAAACUUGAAAAGUAUCAAAGUGGGUUUAUGCAAAGCCUAGGCAUGCUGAAGGAGUACAGAACACUUGUGAAUUAUUUUCCUAUUCGAGGCGAACACUUUUGCUCGGGGACUAUUGAGAAAAGUUCUGCGUCGACCGACACAUACUCGGUCAGAUUUCCACAACCAUUUCCAACCGCGCCGAAUGUAGUUGUCUGUGUUCUCUUCCCGAAAAUUAUUAAAGUGAAUACAAGACUGAAUCCAGUUGUGUCUUGUGAUGGGUUUGUCUUCAAAGUCAUUCCAGGCGUCCCUGUUUUGGCGGACGACAUGUUUUACUUCUGGAUUGCGUCAUGCCCCAUUUUGCCUUCGUCCGAAAAGAUUUCCGACGUAGUCGACAAGAUGACUUCUGCCAAAGUCAUCUCAGAGAAAGACGCUGAAACGACCAUUUCAAAGUACAUCAAGAAGUAUAAUGUGAACGAUUACGACGUGAAUGGGAAGACACUUUUGUACCAUGUUUGUGCAAAAGGAUAUGCAAAUGUUGUUGAGAUGUUAUUAACAAAAGGGGCUGACCCGAAUAUAUGUGAUGAGAAUCAAUAUUCGCCCCUCCAUGUGGCGCUCCACACGGAUAAAAUAGUGAUGCGAAUAGUCGAAUUACUUCUUUCGAAAGGCGCCGAUCGUUUAGUGAAGAACGAAAGAAUGAAAACGCCAUUGCACUAUUUAUGCCAAAACAAGAAUUUGGGACAAUAUAUUCCAGUUCUUAAAUUGCUUUUGGAUUUUGACAAUAAAAGCGAAGAGAGUCAAAAGAUGCGACAAAAAUAUGUGAACGACGCGUCGUUUGAAGGAGACACCGCACUCACUCUGGUGUGCACAAACUCAUUAAAUGACGAAGCGAUUAAAAUAUUGUGUGAAUCAGGGGCAGACGUCAAUCACUCGGUGAACAAUGGAGCGUUUCCGCUGUACUCCGCAGUUAAUAAAGGAAAUGUCAAAUUAAUGGAAUUGUUAAUUCGAUACGGCGGGGAUAUCGGAAAGAUGUAUCAAAAGAAACCUUUGUCGCAAGUAGCAGAAGAAAAGGGACAUAUGGAGAAGCUCAUGGAGAUCAUCAGAGUGAAGUACGCUGACUCGAGAAUGAGCGACGAACAAAUUAAGGAGAUGUCGGAAACGUUUGACACAAUUGUGUUUCCUGUGGAACAAUGGACGGAGACGUUGUUGAUGUCAAAACCGAUUUUAAUCGACUUGGAAAGUCUCCCGACCAAGAGUCACGUUGAAAAUUUCUUCACGUGUACGACACACAAAUAUGAAAAUUUGUUGGUGAAUAACGUGCAUGAUCCACAAGCGUGCACACAUUAUUACAGCGUGUUCUUUCGGGAAAAUGAUCACACUAAUUAUAUCAUUAAUUCGGAGAAUGAGACGAUUGUCGUGUCCAUUAGUGACGAAUUUAGUGAGAAAAAGAUGAAGAGAGUGAUUGUCAGGACAAAGCGGUUUGACACUCGAAAGACGUAUGAGAAUAAGACUGAUCAACAAAUCUUGAAGGAGCUAUUUCCAGACUAUAAAAAGAAGUCGGCUGCAUCGGUUCGAGGGUUUCCAAUGUACAACGCACUCAUGAAUUUUGAGGACUUUUUCAUAUAUAAUAGAUACAAAUUUGGGGUGCUCUAUGCGGGUAUCGGACAAACCAAAGAACGAGAAUUUUAUAACAACAGAAAUGGGUCGGAGCACUUUGAAAAAUUCUUGGAAUUACUUGGGACCAAAACAGAACUUUUUGGGUUCGGAGGGUUUGCUGGAGGACUCGACACGAAAAAUCGGUCAAUGGGAAAGUAUUGCGUUUCUCGACGAUUUUCAAGAGAUAACAUUGAAAUCAUGUUCCAUGUGUCAACAUAUAUGCCACUGAUGGAGAAUAACGAACAACAAAUUGGAAGAAAGAAACAUAUUGGGAACGAUGUUGUUGUGUUGAUAUUCAAAGAGUACUCUGGUGUGAUCGAACCCAUUGAUGUCUCAAGCUUCAAGACGCAAUACAGUCACUGUUAUAUUGUUGUUGGAUGCGAUGUGUCGCAAAACAACCCACCCGACAAAUUCCAAUAUUCUGUUAAUAUCUGGUGCAAAAAAGAAGUGGCGCCAGUAGCACCAUUUAUCACCACAGAUGCUUACCAACACUCAGAGCAAUUUGGAGAAUUUUUAGUUGCCAAAAUGAUAAACGCCGAAAGAGCCGCACAAGACUCACUCACGUUCAGAGCCAAGAAACUCAUCGUCAGGCAAAGUCGCCUCGAGAUAUUGUCCAAUAGUCAACCAAGGCUUUAA